AUGGCACCAUCUAGAAAAAUUGAGCUAACGUUAUCAAAGCCUUUGAACAGUGUUUUCUAUACUGGAGAAGAUAAUAUUUCAGGAGAUGUUAAGGUCACAUUCAACAAGUCAGUAUCUGUUAAGAAGAUAUCAGUUCAUUUAAAGGCUUUUUCAGAGACUAUUACAAAAGUUGAUUCAGACUAUGCAGUAAUGCAAAAUGGUCUGUUAAUUCAAGGUCCAGAUACUAGAACAUACCAUAAUAUGAUGAAUAUUGAAGAAAGAGUAUUUCCUCCUGAUAAUGUAUGGAAUGCAUUGGAAGGUUCAUCAAAGCCAUUUAAAGUGAACCCAGGUGAAUAUAAUUAUAAAUUUAAAUUUGAUAAAUUGGCAGGUGUAAAACCAAACUGUUUAAAAUAUCAUGGUAAAGAGACAGUAAUGUUUACUAAGAAACAGCAUACAAAACUACCUCCAAGUUUUAAUAAUUUGACAAACGAAAUGAAUAAGAUAGAUAAUUUAGAUUUAUAUUUUUAUUCGUUAGGAAAGAUUUUAUAUAUUGUACAAGUAGCUAUUGAGUUAGGUAAAGCAAAGAGCUGGUUUAAACCAUUUGAUAAGAUUAUGAGGGAACAGCAAUUGAUUGAAUAUAUUCCUAAUAAGAACGAUAUGGAUUAUGAGAAACAUGAGAAUGUUUUUAAUAGUAAAGUUGUAUAUAAUAAUUCGUCAUCACCAGGGAUACGAACUUCAAGUCUUGGUCAACAGUUAAGAGAUAGAAGUAAACAAAGUACACUAUCUAUAGAUCCAAGAAGUACAAGCAUGGAUUUUCCUAUAGAAGGAAGUACGCCUGUGACCCCAAUUGAUAGUCCGAAGGUUGGUGGUAAUGGUAACAUUAAUGGUAUGAGUCCUCUAAAUAGUGGUGCGCCAACGCACGUAGUGCCGCCAACAGUUGUUACAGUCAACCAAUCUACAUUUAAAGUUAGAUUACCACAUUCUGGUGAUAACAGGCAUGUAAUGUGGGUUGAAGUAAGAACUAAAAAUAAUGGGUUUGAUCAUUUGUACCGUAAGGAGGCUCUUUUCCACAAAGGUAGUAAUAAAUUUGAUCGAGUAUAUUUAGUAUUUAGAACAAAUGAUAUCGAAGAAUUGAAAAAAAUCAAGAUAAAACCAGCAAAAAUUCAAUUAAAUUUGUUAGAAACCACAACUUUUUUGUCAGAAGGUAUUGCAAAUGAGAACUUAUCCUCUUUGAGAUUGAUUAGUGUCGACGGUUCGGAGUCCACUGAAAAUCUCGUUGAUAUGAGUGAAUUGAAACCUUACCCAUCCCAUACGAAUCCUGAUUCAGAAGGGUUUUACAAGAUGGAAUGUCCAGUCAAGCUUCGGGAUCAUCCGUCAUUGAAAAGGUUAUUAUUCAAUGAAGAAAAUUAUAGACAUCGUGGAAACAUGUUGUACAGUUUUAAAAGUUGUGCGAUAUCUCGUAUAUUUGAUUUACAAUUGAUGAUCAAUUGGGAUGUCUAUGGUGAGUUAAGUUUAACAGAAGUGAUUAUUGAUGAUAUUCAACUAUAUUGUUGGACUAGACGUAGACGUACUUCAAAUUUGGAGACUGCUGAACCUGAUUAUCUACCUAGAUAUGUUGAACCGCCAACAUAUGGUGAUACAGUUGACCGUAUUACUGUGAACAAUGGUGAUAUCAAGCAAUUAACCUAA